CUGUGGCGUUGCCAAAAAUAUGUUGAUUACGUCAUGAUCAUAAGGUUCCGUAGAUGUUUGUACAAGAAAGAUGGCGCAUUGGUUCCAUAGGAAUCCGAUCAAGGCGACUGCGCCUGUAUCAUUCGCCCUUGGACCAAUCUGUACCAACGCACAGACCCAGAAAAUAUGCAGUGACUUGCGUAUGAUCCGUGCACAACUCUUGGAACUCCUGAGUGAUCCAAAUAAGGAUGUUACUGUUGUCAAGACAACAACAGACAACUAUUUUGCUCUGUUGCAAGGGUUCCUACAGGCCCUAGAUGACAACAGUGGUGAGAGCAAGUUGAGGCACUCAGUCAAGUUCAAGUGGUCCAGCACAGUUCUGAGCAAUGCUGUUGUUACCCAGGCAGAUGCCUUGUUUGAGUUGGCCUCCAUGGCAAUGAACAUUGGACUGUGGUACACGAAACAUGCAGCCAAGAUAGCUGCCAGCGAUGAAGUAUCUAUGGAUGAGGCAAAAGAGGUGCACAAAUGUCUAAGGACAGCAGCUGGAAUCUUUAAGAAUGUAAAGGAACAAGUCAUUGGAAGACUUUUGGAGACAGCAGAGAAGGGCACAGACCUGGAUCCGAAGGUGGUAGAAGCCUAUUUUCAACAGUCUACAGCAGAGGCACAGGAAGUGGCCCUGGCACGAGCUGUGGAGAUGAAGCACAGUGCUGGUCUCAUCUCAUCACUGGCUUACGAAACAGCACAACUCUUCAUCACUGCAGGAGGUUCACUAGACCAACUUGAUGCAGCAAGCGUAGGAAAGUGGCAGAAAUAUCUACAACUGAAGGGUGUAUUCUACUUGGCUCAUGCACACUGUUACAAUGGAGAUGCACUGUUGGCAAAGGACAAAUGUGGAGAGGCAAUCAGAGCCUUACAGGAGAGUGAAAAGUUGUUUGAAAAAGCUGAAAGCUUGUGCAAGGAGUAUGCAUCUUCCAAGGGCCCAGGAACAUCUGCCAGACCAGACCAGCACAUCUUUUUCAUUAGACUGGGGAAACAGGUGAAAGUUACUCUGGACAAGUGCACAAGGGAGAAUGGCUUCAUAUACUUCCAGAAGGUACCUCCUGAGGUCCCAGAGCUGGAAAAGAAGGCCACCUAUGGUCUGGCCAACCCUGAGGAGUUCCAGCUACCUCCACCCAACCCACUGUGGAGUGCUGACAUCUACAAUUCAUUUGACCUGUCAAAGGCACCUGCUGCACAAAAGGGUGAGAAAGAACCGGAAGUCAAACCUGUGAAGGAAUCAGACAUUUAUCAGUCGACCAAGGAACCUGGAACCUUCAGUGGAUGUGUGAUCUCAUAAGGUUGCCUUCCUGUGGUUUAGAUUGAUUGAAUAUUUACAACACAAGGUUUCUAUUUUCUAUUUUGGUGAACUUUGCAUUAUCUCCAUUCUUCAGUAAUCUAUACUACCUUUUGUAUCCAGAAUUGACUAGAAAUGUGAUGCCUUCAUAUUGAAUUCCUCAAUAUAUAAUGGUAUAACAUUUUUUAAAUGUAGGUAUGAAGCAUAUUUUCAGUCUUUAUUAUUCAUCAUGUUUGGUAUCUGCUUUGUUGAAUAACAUAGUAAUAACUUUAUACAAUAUUGCUUACUUAAAUGUUUAAGUUUAACUUAAAGUCAACUAUGUAGUUUUAUAUGUAAUAUUGCUUUGUUAUUGUGUUCAGGAAUAUAACAAGCAGUCCUCAAGGAUAUCCAUUUUUCCUUUGCUAAGAGGUUCUUACCACUAGUUGAGGUCAACUACAUGUAUUAUUUUAUUCCUAUAAAAAAGAAGAAUGUAGGUUGUGAAAAUAGUGUACAUGGAAGUGUACAAGUUCAUGUACAAAAUGCCUUUCCUGAACUUACCAGGAGUAAGUCGUGAGGGGAAGACAUGGAAAGAUGUCACCAUUAGGCACUUGGUCAGUUGGUGAUAUUUUGUAGGAAGGUACAUGGCUCCUUGGAUGGAUUAUUCAUUGUUUUGCAGCAUACUUUCCCUUUUCUCAAGAAACCUAGAAGUAUGUAACCUAUAAAGAGAAGGAAUGAAACAUGUAAAUGCAAGCAGGAAAUUUUUAGAAUCACUUUCUAAAGAUGACAUUUACACUUUUUUACUGUAACGAAAAUCACAAGUAAACUCCAUCAAGAACUAUGCUUACACUAAAGUUACAGCUCAAAAUGUAGAACUAGGUAUGUAUCUAUUGUAAAUAUAUGUAUAUCUGCUGAUAUGUAUAUUCAUAUUACAUGAUAGAGGUAUAGAUAGUCUACUGUAACCACAUUCUGGUGGGGCACCAAACUGUGGUGGCUUUUAGUAAUAACAGGUGGAGCGCUUAGCCAAAGGUGAAAGUCUCAUACAUGGGUAUUUCUUUUACAAGUCCCCAGAGUGUGGUAUCAAAAGUAAGGUUGACAGGCCUAUUCAAUCUUUAUAAUGGAACUUUAAUAUGAUGAUUUGUUUUUCCAUUUAUUAUAGAUUUUAUUAUUUGCACUGUGGCCUUUUUCUAGAUUUUUGUGUAAGAGACACAUGUACACUGUUUGCCCAUUGUUUUGUAUACAAGAAUGUGAUUAAAGGUGACUUCAGUAUUUAACCUGUAAAUACAGAUAGAUGACAAUAGAACUACUGCUAUUGUUGUUUUUAUAUUUAAGUGGAACGCUAUGUCAUAAUCAAUUAAAUGUGUAGAAAUGGCUUGGCAAAACUGUAAAAAAUGUUCAUCAUCAAAUUCAUUCAUAAAUAGAUAGAUCCCUGUAUGUUUUAAUGAGAAAAAAAAAUCCAAAUCCACUCUGAAAGGUGCAGACAUGGACUUUGUACUGUAUCAUACAUAUUGUUCUGAUAUGUAAUGAAUGUCUGUAUUGCAAGGUCCACCAAUAAACUUGAUACGUCCUUGA